UGCAGAAGAAAUUUAAGGCUCUAUGCUCUAAACUUAGUCUAUGUUGCCCAAUUUAUGUCUUUUUCCUCUACAUUUUAUUUUCUGAAAUUAGCUUCUUGGUAACACUCCAUAUGAAUACAGUGUUAUUCUCUGAACUAUGCGCACAAUCCAACAGUUGUCGAUUUUACGCGAUUGACUGACAUACACACGAGCCAAUCAGCAUGGCUGUGUGAACACAAUAGUGUCGGCCAACCAAUCAGCUGUUUUGUAUCACAGGGUUUUUAUUUCUGGGAGCCUCGUGAACGCGAGAUUGACUGGUCGUGUCAGUGAUGCGCGUCCACGUGAGCUUCUAGUGGUAUUUAAUGGACAGCGGCUGGGAAGUGAACAUCUCCCUGGUGGAAAAAUAACCUACACAAAGAGAGAAUAAAGACUAUAAAUGAGCAUUUAAACGAUUUUAGAAAGCAAGAGCAAGCGCAACGGAGGUUUUUUGCGGAUUCGCGGAUGGUUUCUUGUAUAUUUUUUGUCCAUCAAAAGGAUUUUACUUGGAUGCGAGACCUUUUGUGAGCAGCUGUGGACACGUUGCGUGUUUUUUUUACAAGGAUUGUGAGCCAGGUAUUGUUUCGGGUAUAUUCAUGACGUUGAAAGACAUUGAAGUUUGUCGUGUUGGGCGUUAAGAUGUAACGCGUAAACGCCGUGGUGCACUGUAGUGUGGGGUGGUGUGGGGUGGGCUGGUGUGGUGUAGGCCACUGACGCCGACUUUAAUCUCCGAGGGCAAAAGUAAAGCUGUUUACAGAUCCGGUUAUUGCUAAGCCUGUGUGCUGUCUUGUAAGGAACAAGAGUAGAAACAUGGAUGGAGAGAAAGUGACCCGCGCGAGAGCGCUGAGUGAAUCUGCGUGGCUGCGGCGCUGCCGUGGAAACUAAGCACCAGCGCGGCGCAGGUUUAGACCCGAAACAUCACCAACAGGAAAAACUUUUCCUUUAUUUUCCUCCACAAAUAUGGGUAAAGACGAGUGUAAAACCAUGCUGGACGCUUUAAACAAGGUGACCGCCUGCUACCGGCACCUCGUGUCCGCUUUAGGGAGCACGUCGGAUUCGCAAAACCUGCGGGAAGAGCUGAAAAAGACGCGGCGGAAAGCGCAGGAACUGGCCGCGGCCAACCGGAGUAGACUGACCACGCUGCUCAAAGACAAGAGCAUCAGCAACGACGACCGCGCCGAGUACGAGCGCCUGUGGGUGCUCUUCACCAGCAGCAUGGAGAUCCUCGAGGUGGACAUGAGGAGGUCGCUAGAGAUCGGGCAGGAGUUCCCUAUUAAGGUGCCAACGCGCCACUUCAUCCAGACCGGCAUGACCGGGAGCACAGGCACGGUGGCGGCUCGGGCCAUGAGCAUGCAGAACCUGAAGUACGAAGCAGACGCGGGCAUCGACACGGCCGAUUUAAAAGAUCUGGAGGCCGAGAUCGCUCAGCUUGAUCAGAUGAUGGAGGAGAUGGAGAUGAAGGUGCAGGUGGCGCCGUGGGCGGUGGAGGCCAAACUGGAAGCGGGCGCUGAACUCAAAUCCACAGUCAGCGUGGGAAACUCAUCCAUCGGAGUCAUUUCCAUCUGCGACGAGGAGCCCAAAGAUGGGGGCGAAGGUGAAGCUGGUGUCAUGAGGAUCUUCGCGGGCAUCAUUUUCACUGUGGUUUUACUCAUUGCAGGCAUUCUGGGAUAUUUGGUCGUCAAUCUUUGAAAAAAGGACCUUAUUAGGAUUGUCACACACACACACACACACACACACACACACACACACACACACACACACACACACACACACACACACACACAAACAAACAAACAAAAAACUGUGACCUACAGGAUUUAUUCUAGCCUAUUUAUUUACCUGGCAGAGCUUUGUGUGUUUGUUUGUGUGUGUGUGUGUGUGUGUGUGUGUGUGUGUGUGUGUGUGUGUGUGUGUGUGUGUGGCUUGGACCUGAAAAACUGAAAAGCACAGUCAGUAGCAGUGUUUUAUGAAUCAGAAGUGAUUGCUUUUUUGUUAUAAGGAAUCCAUGGGCCACAAUUCUGUUUUAGCAAACUGUAAAAGAAAAGGCUGUAAAUUUUAUAGUAAUUUUUUGGCAACAUGGUUGUUACAGUUAAAUCUACAGUAAUGCAUUCUAAAACAAAUACGGGAAUGUGUUAUGCAGUAUAAAAUAACACAUUUACCAUAAUGUAUUUGCUCAUUUGGAUGAUGAUCUGCUGGCAUACAAUUGACUCAAGGUGGGAUUUGAACACGCAACAUACUAAUCUGUAUCUCAAACCUUUAAGCUGUGAGCUCAGCUGACUUUCAUUGAUUCAGUGUAUUUUUAGUUUUAGUGAUUCAGUGGUUAAAGCUUUGAGUCACACAUCAGAAGGUUGUGUGUUCAAAUCCCUGUAGUGUUAAAACUCAAGGGUUUUGGUACUUAAGUGAGAACUUUAACCUUCAUCUCAGUUGAAUCCUAUUAAUAUCAAUAGUUGCCUAUUUUAAAAGCAUCCGCUAAAUGAACAUAUGUCCUGGAUUCUGUGUUAUGCUACAUAACCUAACACAGUACUCUUCUGUAAAUAUGUUUUACACUUACACCAAAUUUUACACCAAUUUUACAGCCUUUUUUAUUCUCAGUGUAAGUUACAGCGGAUUAGUAAGCAAAGCGUAAGACUGAGAUGACGUGGAUUUAAUGGUCAUUCAUUUUAAUGGAGUGAAAUAGCAUCAAAUCAGGCCAAGCUCAGUGUUUACAAAGACCAGGUUACUUUAUCGGGUUUCACUGCAGAUAAUUCAUAUACAGCAAAAUCGAAAAAGCAUAUGUUCUUCCUUAAUGGAUGUUAAAGAAACUGUUUCAGCUCAGCAGGCUGUACACGAUUAGAUAUCUGACUGCAGCAGUCUAAUCUCGUUAGUUUCACCUGAACCAGAUAAAUGCAGUUCAAUCCGUAUUGGAUUCUGGUAGAUUCAAGUAGCCUUUCAGUGAAUUUCACUGUAUGAUCAGAUGAUUACAAAAUGUAAAAUCUUUCUCUAGCUCAGGGGUGUCAAAUACAUUUUAGGUGAACUGGACUAAAAAAAAUCAGAUUAAAGACCAAUAACACACAUCAACUUCUCUUAAACAUGUUCACUUAUCUGCAUUUCACCUGAAAGCUACACUCUAAAUGCACAAACAAAUUAAACCUAUAUGCUAUAAAAUGAUAGUUUUACUAUAGUUUAGUUCACCGUGUCUUACAUAAGUACAGGUAUGCGUUAAAAGCCAGAACUGCAAUGGAUGUUAUCAGAAAGAUGUAAGUUGUUUAAGUUUGCUAAUAAAACAAUUAUUAUUUCCUUGAGAUUAUUACUUUUAUUUUGCUUCCAGAAAGAGUUUUUUUCCCCUUUGAAUCUUUAAAACCAGUUACAAACAGUUUUCGAUAACUGCUUCUUACAUCCUAAUUUAGGCGAUCUAAUUUAGGGUAAUUUAAGCGAUUUCUGUCUAAAUGACAGAAAAUCUUAUUUUAUAAUAUUUUUUUCCAGUUCACAGAAAUGUUUGCUAAUAAAAAUACAUCAUGGCAUGAUAUCUGGCUGACAGAAAUAAAUAAAAAUUUUUUUAUCAAUGUUCAGAAUUUUGUAAUGCUAUUGAAUAAAAAGGGCACCUGUUUUUUUUAAAGCUGUUAAUAAUUGGUCAAACAUAGUCAUAACUUGCUGGUUAGAUUUGUUUCACGUCUAAAUCUGUUGGUUUAUAAUUUUCUCAUGACAACCCUGUAAGGAUUUCUUAAAGGGGAAGUCACCAAUACUCCUAAAUGUUACCUCCUGCUUGAAAUUGCUUAUUAGGACUGGUCUCUGCCUACGGUCUGUAUCUUUGACACCCCUUGCUCUGGACACCGUAAUUUAAUAGAACAACAUUUCCAGGAAUAAGAGAUCACCCAUUAGGCUCGUACGUAACACUUACAGACAACACUUCCCGUUAAACUUAAACAGCCGGACAGUGUUAGACUGCUAGUCUUUACAGAAAGCAGUAUUUUGGAGAUUUCUUCUCAUCAUGUCCACGUAUCAGUUAGUGUUCUUUAGUUGUGCCUCACUCCUACAGGCCCCUUUAGACCGUAUCUUAUAAAGACGGGUAUGACUUUAGGCAUCUCUCCACACACUGUAAAAGCAACAACUGUAUAGUGAUUCUGUACAUAAUGCAAAUUCAUGUUGAAUUAGUGUACAUACAAUUAAA